AUGUCUGAUUUAAUAAGAAAGAAACCACCUCCUCUGAUAGAAGUUAAUGAUUCUAUUGCCGAACUCGAUAGUACAAUCGAUUCAUAUAUUGAAAAGUCGCCCUUAACCAAUAAAUUUCGUGAAGAAAAUCCCAAUUUGCAUCCUGUGGGUGAUGGUUUUGAAGACACAGAAGACAGGAACAUUUCGAUGGACCUGUCUAUCCUCGAGAGUACCCCAGAAAAAAACCCAAGGCCCUCACCUCCUGCUUUACCACCAAGAUCUAGUCUGAACGAAGAGGUACCACCGAGAUUGCCUUCCAGAUCGGGUACAAUUAGAGCAAGUAUCAAUAAGCUUUCUAGACGGAGAAGUGAAGGUGGAAGUGAAGGCCGUGGCUUUACGCUAAAGUCAUUUAAUAGACUUUCCUUAAAUGCACCAAGACCUCAUUCGCCAGAGUCAUCUUUAUACAAAUCGAACGAGCAAAACUCUCUAAUGUCUAGUCCACAUUCCCAUUCAAGUACAUCUUCGAUUACAAGUGAUGAUGAUAUAUAUACUAAAUCUGAUACACCAUUCUGGAAGUAUCACAUAUUGAAGUUCGGUAAAGAUCUAUACUUGACUACAAAUCCGGGGUUGAAACAUAUUUACUGUCGUAAUGGGCCAGGAUAUUAUGUUGAAGUAUUAUAUCCUAAUAAAUAUAAGUAUCAUUCAUCGCGAGAAGGUUUUAAAUUAAUCUUUAAAGAUAUUGCAUCUAAGAAUGGAGAUAAUAACCCCGAAAUUAUGGUAAUCAUCAAAGAAUCUCUUGCGGAAGGCGGAAAAUAUAAGAUUUUGAUUCCUCGCUCGAGUUACUUAUAUGAUGGUUCGCUUACUGAUAACGAGAGUGAUGAAACCGAAUCCCCAUUAUUUAGUGGUGUAACAGUCCCAACGCCGAUUGACGAUAAGUUUAUUCCUUAUGAUCAGAUAUCUAAUGUACACGAAACCGUUCGAUUCAAGAAUUAUGAAUUUACAGAUUUUUUAAAUACAAAGUGGAACAUUGGAUCGAUUCCAAGAAUUAAGUCAACGAGAAUGAGUAAGAUUAAGAGUAAAUUCAAUGAAUACAAGGACGAUCCACUAUAUAAAUUUAUCGGGAAAAGGUAUAUAUAUUUCCAUCAGAAUUACAUUGAAGAUUCUCCUACAACCUAUAAAAAUGAAUCUGAUGAUCCACGGGAUAUAUAUUUGCACGAUCAAGGUGGUCCACAUAAAUUUCCACCGGUAUUAGGGCUAUUCAGACCUAACGAGACAAGAACAAGAAAGAAGAUAAUUAAAAAAUUCAAUCAACAAGCAAAUAAAUUAGAUAAACUGAGGAACUCCCAAGAAACUAUAAAUAAUGAUAAAAUUAAUUACAGACUAAUAGACAAUGAUAUUGCGGCAGGAUCUGAUAUUCGCAAUUAUUUUACUGGUGGUGACGGGCUUUACUAUCUGAACAACCCGAAUGACGAUACUCCUGAUAGCAAUAAGUUAGGUUGGAUCACCAUAUACGAGGAUACUGACGUAUUCUCUGGAUCAAAAAAUAAAGGAAUGUUUGACAUUGUGCUAGGAUUAACGUUGGCUGUCGGAUUUGAAAGUAGUUUAGAUUCGUGA